CAACAAUAAACACCACCGAAGAAGAAAGUUUGUUUGGAAAAUGGCGGGUGCUUCGAAGGAGGAAGAGCUAGCUCGACAAGUUUAUUCAUGUUUGCAGGCUGCGUGCUGCCCUCUGGUGGAGGGUUUGUUCCUCCAGGAAGCAGACAGCAUCCUGCAGCUGCUGUGUUCUCCGUCUCAGCAUCGUAUCGACAUCCUGGCCUGGAUCUGCAGCAGUAUUCACCCAAACUUUGGGAACUCGAAGGCGAGGUCAGUGAGAGCCAAAGAGCCUGAGAGUUUAACCAAAGACAUGGCUGCACUCGGACACGAGCUGAUGCUCUGCAAAGCAGACGACCUGGAGCUGAUCAAGGGCAAUGCCAGCCCUCUCAGACAGCUGCAGUUUCUGGAGCAGCUCCUGACGUUAGUCCCAGGAUGUGGAACGUCUGGCGGACAGCGGACGGACGCAGAGAUGCUUCUGAACGAGCUCUACGCUGCAGAGAAUCUGCCCCUCCUCUCACAGAUGCUCGAACCCUCGUUCAACCCCUGGCCCGCACACAUCAGAACAUCGAGGAAAAUCCCAAAGUCAUCCUGUAAAGCGGGCAGAGAAGAAGAGGUGGCGGAUGUCGGCGCUCUCUUACAGCAGGCUCAGUCGGCUCUGCAGCAGCUGCAGUCAGAGUGCGACUUCCUGAACGACGACGCUCAGAGUCCGGGCGUCUUCUCCCCGAGCUCGCUGCGUGUGGCGGCGUGUGACCUCCAGCAGCUGAUGUCGACAUUCAGCCACGUCUACAGCUCAGACCUGAGGUCGUACUGCAGCAGAGACCCGCCGACCUUCAGCACAGAGACCGGCGUGUUCCAGAGAGUUCACCAGCUGCUGCUGGCCUUCGUCACCGAGCUGGAGAUGAUUAAGGAAGUUUCAGAAGCAUCCAUGUCCGUCAGAGAGGAAGUGCACCAGCUGAAGACUCAGCCUCGAUACUGGAGCCGCGGAGAGAAACGAGCACUAGAGCACCAGCUGGAGGAGCUGAGCAGGAGGGUUAAAGACUUCUCCUCUCUGCUUCAUUCCUCCUGACCGCCCUGACCUCCGGCAGACGGCGGCCGCUGACAGACCCGGGGCCGUGCGGCCGCUCCAUCCUCCGCAGGAACAGAGAACCUGUUCUCUGAUCACCUGAGUUCAACCUGACCUGAGCACAGAGACAACACCUCGUCAUUCUAGGACUCACAGUUUACAGACGCUCGGUCUGUCCCGUCACGGACUCUGAGGGUCGUUAGUCUCUUUGGUCGGAUCCACAGGAACGGCCGGAACGUUCCACACCUAUGUAGACUGUUAUCAUACUGGGCCGGGGUACUUCAUGGUCAACGCUUUCUAAUUCUAACAAAGAAAUCCAAGCUGUUUCCUCAUUACUGUGUAAAAACAGGAACACCUGACCUUUGACCCUUUCAGGCAGUUUAUAUUAAAUAAGGAAUCACGGUUAUUCGUUUUCCUGUCUCCUGUUUAGUUUUCAAAAAGAAACGAAUAAAUAAAGAACAGUUAGUUUUUAAUUUACUGUUUUCUAGAACACUGGGGAUGUAACAUUAUUUCUAUCAUAACAGCUGCAACACAUCAAAAAUAAAAGAAUGUUACAUCACCAAUGUUCUCUCUGAUCCCAGCACUAAAGAAAUAAGAUGAAAAAAACUAACGGGUCCUUAUUUAUUGAUUUAUUUCCUUUUGGAAAAGGAAAAACAAAAAAUCAAACAUUUGUGUUUUUGUUUUCCUUUUUUUUAAAUUCAUGGUUAAAUAGAGAUUUCUUAAAAAGUCUUUUUUCCCUGUUUUGAUUCUGUAAUUGAACAGUAAUAGAAAAAGCAACAGCUUGGUUGUUGACUUCUCUUUAGUGAUUAAAAACCUUUACCAUGAACCACGCCCACCACGCUGACCACGCCCACCACGCUGACCACGCCCACCUUACUCGUCUGUUCGGGGCCACAGAAGGGUUCUGUGCUUGAGGCUAGAUCCCUCUCAGUGGUCAGUCAUGCUCAGGCAGAAAUCCUGAACCAGGUUUGGUCUGUUUUAGGAAAUAAAUGUUGUGCUGUUUGGUUUAAUCCGGAUUAUUCUCUAACACUGCGUCACAUCUACAGAGGUGCAGAGUCGGAUAUUUAGCAGAACAGACUCACUAACAAUAAACAUGAGGUGUGUAAACAGGCCUAUCUACAUUAGUGUUUAUUAUUAGUGCUGAGGUUUUUUUAGGGAUGCACUAUAUUGGAGUUUUGCUGAUAUUUACAGAUUCAUUUUAGCCGACACUGAUAUUCAAACAUGCUCUUCUGACAAGAAAUUUCAGUCCUUUUGGACACUUUGAGUUUUGAGGAUGACGAAGAAAACAAACUUUAGUCCUUAAAAACACUUUAAAGUUUAGAGAAUGAGGAAAAUAAAGAAAUACACCUUUACUGACAAAGGUCUGUUGGUUCAGACCAAAACUUCACCAAUUUAUUAGGAUAUAUGGACAAAAAUUACAGUCAAUAAAUGCUGAAAUAGACAAAAUAUCAGUAAAUAUUGACAGACAUUUUGAUAUCUGCUGAUACCAGACUGAUAACAUGGUACAUCCCUAUUUUUAUUGACUUAGAUAAAGGUUUUAUGUGCACAUAGGGAGGGUCCCUCUGUGGAGUCUGCCUGACUGGAUUUUUCUAUCUUCUAUGUUCCUGCAGAACCACAGCAGGAACCAAACACCAGAACCGGCUGUUUGUAAUUCCACUGGCUGCAGCAGUCAUCAGGACAGAGCGCCACAGUUUAGACUAGGAUUGUUUUUACUGAUAUUCACCAGUUUUCAUCUCUGCACCUUCCAGACUGAUUCAGCUGUCUGAUCUCUUUUUAGCGUGUUUAUCUUUAAAUACUCUGAACGUAAAACUGAAUAAAUAAAAAUGUCUAGAACUUAAA